AUGGCCGAGGCGGAGCUGCUGCCGCCUGAGGGAUCGCCCGGCGCCGAGCCCCGGAGGGUCCGCGGCGGGAGCGAGGGGUCGGGGCCACCGGAGCUGCCCGGCGGCGACAAGCGGCAGCUGCUGGAGGAGGUGGAGAUGCAGAUCGGGGACGCCGCCUUCUCUCUGGCGAAGAUCCUGGAGGCGACGUCGGCCGUGUCGGCCCAGGUGGAGGAGCUGGCCACCAGGUGCUCGGAGAACGCCCGGUUCCUCAGGACGUGGCGGGAUCUGCUGAGGGAGGGCUACGAGUCCCUGAAGCCCAGCGGCUGAGGCUGGCCCUGCCCGCCGAGCCGCCCGCUCGGCCCGGUCUGCGGCGGGGCUCUUGGACCGCCUCCUUUAGGGAGCUCACGUGGAGUUCUGU